GUUCGUUUGAGACGUGGAGAGGUGUGGUCUCACACCAGCAAAGGAGGAGUGCCAGGAGUGGACAGUUGUCAAGGGUGACAUCUUCAUCAACCCAACUGCUUGCACCUAACUCCUGCCUGCCAUCUCUGACCAGUGUCACCAUGCCUAGAGGUCAGAAGAGUAAGCUCCGUGCCCGUGAGAAACGCCGCCAGGCCCGCUGUGAGACCCAGGCUCUGAAGGAGGCUCAGGCUACCGCAGCAGCAGCAGGAGAGUCCCCCUCUGCCUGUGCUCUCUCUGGGGGUAGACCUGCUGCUGCAGCUCCUAGGCAUCCUCAGGGAGCCGCAUCUUUCACUGGGGCCGAUGCAGCUCUUUCAGGCACCGAUUCAGAUGAAGGUGCCAGAAGCCAAGAUGAGGGAAGCCCCAGAUCAUCGAAGGGCUCCGAGGUCUCACACAGAGACCCACUAAACAAGAAGGUAGUUUUGCUGGUGCAGUUCCUGCUGCAGAAGUAUCAAAAGAGAGAGCCCAUUUCAAAGGCAGAUAUGCUGAAGUUUGCCGUCAAGAAGUACAGGCAUCAGUUCAAUGAGAUCCUCAAGAGAGCCUCCGAGCACAUGGAGCUGGCCUUCGGGCUUGAUCUGAAGGAAGUGGAUCCCAUCCGCCACUGCUACACCCUGGUCAACAAGCUAGACCUCACCGAUGGCUCCAUGCACGAGGACGAGAACAUGCCCAAGACCGGCCUCCUGAUGAUUGUGCUGGGUGUGAUCUUCAUGAAAGGCAACUGCGCCCCUGAGGAGGAAGUCUGGGAAGUGCUGAAUAUGAUGGGCGUCUACGCUGAAAGGAAGCACUUCAUCUACGGGGAGCCCAAGAAGGUCAUCACCCAAGAUCUGGUGCAGCUGCAGUACCUGCAGUACCGCCAGGUGGCCGACAGUGAUCCUCCACGCUUUGAGUUCCUGUGGGGCCAGCGAGCUUACGCCGAGACCAGCAAGAUGAGAGUCCUGGAGUUUCUGGCCAAGAUCCAUGAUACCGUGCCCAGUGCCUUCCCGUCGUGGUAUGAAGAGGCUUUGAGAGAUGAGGAAGAGCGAGCCCGAGCCCGAGCCGCUGCCAGGGCUCGCACCGCUGCCAUGGCCAGCGCACGUGCCAGGGCCUUGGCCAGCAGCUUCUCCCACCCUAAGUGAUAUCCGCGGCCGGUUGACCAGGUUUUAUAUCCAAUGUUGAAGUUUGAAGCAGAUUCUUUUCUCUGUGGAACGAAAAAGCAGUCUAUGUUUUAAGUAACCGACGGCCAGGGUGGAUCUAGAAGAAACACAGUGAAUAUUGUCUUUGUGUUCUUGUUCUAUCUCAUAAACUUAGAGUUGUUUUUUCUCUUUUCUUUUUUCUUUCUCUUUUUUCUUUCUCCCUUCCUUUUGCUUUCUUCUUCUUUUUGUUAUAUUUCAAAUGUUGUUUCUUUAACAGAAAGUUUACAUAAUUUUCAUAUUUAAGUUUAGUCAUAAUUUUAGUUGGUUAUUUCUCUUUAAUAGCUUUAGGAUUAGGAGUUUUGUUAGUUAGUAAACCGAAUUGGGAAACCUUUCAUAUUUACCAAAACAGAACAAGAAGACAUGGCAUUGUAACAGGCUUUCCCUUGGAAAUGCGAAAAAAAUUGAGCGGUAAAAUUACCAGGAUCAGAAAAUGGAGGGGAAAGAAGCAAAAGAGGUUCCAUUCUCAGUUUCCCCUAUACGUUUUAGUUUGUUGCUCUGUAAGGAUAGAAGAUACAUACAUGGAUUUGUUUGGCUUAUUUAAAGAAUGGAGGAGAAAUAAA